UUAAAUGUUCAAAAUCUAAGGUGUUCACAUCAGAAACUUUUUGCAAAAGUGGACUGUAAAAGUCAGAAGGGAAGUGUAUAUAUACAGGUUUUACUGUUCACAUAAAUACUAAUACAUUGUAAUUCAGCCACAAGUAAAAUGAUCUCAAAAAAAGCCUUGAGUGUUUUCUUAUGUAUAAGUAUUUCUAUUAAUGGUUUGUAUCUUUUAAAGGAUUGUUUUAGUAACUUUGAAAUAAAAGAAUCACCACAAAACAUGAGACCAACUUGGACGUCACAUGAAUUUCGGAAAACUAAUACUACUGAGAUGAAACAUGAAACCAUAGAAACUAAAACAAAUACCUCAACAAAAACGAACACAUUUUUAGAUAGUGAAUAUAAUGAAAUGAAAGGUUCACAAAGGAAGGAGCAUGAACAUUCCACAGUACAAUCACAUGACAUAGAGUUGGUGUUGAAUAAACGACGGCAAUCAAUGCAACAAGCAUGUGAGAUAACUACACCACAUCCUACAAUUGAGGGUCUACCUUGGUCUGAAUAUAUACUAGUCAGCAAUAAACUAAAAAUGGUUUAUUGUAUGAUACCGAAGGUUGCAUCAUCAUCAUGGCUUACUGCACUUCUUACACUGCACAUGGGCAUUGCUAUAGAAGAACUGGAUGUAUGGCCCAUAUGGAAAGAAAAUGUUCAUCCACCACACCUCACUGAUUAUUCUACAGAGAUUCAGAAAAAAAUUCUAGGUGAAUAUUUUAAAUUUAUGUUCAUAAGAGAUCCUUUAGAUAGGCUUAUCUCUGCUUGGGACGAUAAAUUCAACCAUACAAAACCUUACUACUCACACAGGUAUGGCACUGAAAUAAUACAACGCUAUCGGGCAAAUCCAUCAAUCGAGGCUGUACAAACUGGAGACAAUGUCACAUUUAAUGAGCUGGUGAGUUACAUCACGGAUAUUGACGUGAUACAGAGAGCCGAUGAGCACUGGAGGCCUAUGACUGACCUUUGCCAUCCCUGUCUCAUCGACUAUGAUAUGUAUGGCAACUUCUACAAUGUAGAAGAAGAGAGUAAAUUCGUCUUUAAAAACCUUGAUAUUAACGAAUCCAACAUGACAUUGCCGCAUGCAAAUCUUGGGAAUAAUAAUACAAAAUCAAUUCUUAAUGGUUACAAUAAAACAGUUGAAACAAGCAAAUUAAAAGAAUUUUAUUCUCAUAUUUCACUUGAGAAAAUAAUCAAACUACAGGAUCAGUACAAACAAGAUUAUGCACUAUUCUCUGAUGCACUUCAAUUGAAUAAGCUAGUGGAGGAUUAGUUUGAUGUUACUUACUGACUUUAGGGCUAAGUAGUGAAAUACAUGGAGACAACAAAACUAGUUUUUUUCCAGAGUGAA